UGUAACUAAGUGGACCCUACUGACCUCUGAACCACAAAGGAUAAGAGUGAAAAGAAGUGGGAGAAGCACACGAAGAAAAAGGAAGUGGAUGCACUUUCAUCUGGACUUCUUUCCUGCCCUUUAUUACUAAAACUGAAUGGAACAGAGAGACUUCCGUGCCUUUCCUCCCCCAGCCUCAGGGAUGGGUGGAUUGUAAAUACGGUGUGUGUAGCUGGGAGAAUAGACUGAACCAUGAAUCUUCAGGCUCAGCAAAAAUCUUCAAGCAAAAGGACUGGGAAACGAAUUGCCUAUUUUAAUGAGCAGGAAAUAGCUGUGUCAUCAAAAGAACCACAGCAGCAGCUUAAGGAAGGACAGUACUAUGGCCAUGGUGGGAAUAUACCGGUCUCCCAGACUGUGGAGAUUUCUCACGCAGGAGGAUUAACAAAUGCACCCAAUAAUGUUGCUUUGAUGAACUCCGUUUACAGUCAAGAUAGGGGAGAAUCAAUGAUGAUGUCCCAGACGGUAACAGCUGUCAAAUGGCAGAAUUCGCUAAUGGGAAACCGGUUGCCAGAGAGGGGCGACAGCCACUGGCAGUCUCCACCUUCGAUGUGGAACCACAGUAUGGUUUUUGGGGGCAACCCAAAAGGACCCCACUCCAAUCCUGGUGCCCCGGGCUUCUAUGGCCACCCAGAAGCCCUUAAAAGAAAUCAAGAGAAAGGAGUGUUCGUCUCACAGCUGGACUUGUAUGGAGAUGCUGUCCAGCAGAUGAUGUCCCAGAAGGCUCAGCUGGAACAGCAAGCCCUGGUUAGACAGCAAGCUCAAAUGAAUUCUUUUCAUCAGAUGCAGAAACAGCAGCAGCAGAAUCAAAGUCUGCCGUUACAGCCUUUCCAACUUGCAUUUGGUCACCAAGGCCAAAAGCAGGGUCUUCCUGAAUUGUUACAUGUCUUUCAAGAAGCCCCAGCUUCUUCCAGUCCAGCAUUUACUGCUCAACAAAAACAGCAAGCUCUUCCCCAGCUACAACUGUUUGAAAACUUCUAUCCUCAACAGCAGCAGCAGCAACAGGCUGCCACACAAGCCUUCGGUCUGCAGCAAACUACUUCCAUAGCACAGCCUCAUGUGGCAGCUGCAGCACCUCAGCAUCACAUGAUGGCACACCAGUUUCAGCAAACAGAGAGGAACCAGGAACUAUUCAAGGCUCUAACAGAGCAGAACCAACAGACUGUGCUACCUCAGACCCAGAUUCCCUUUCCAAGAAGGUCAAGGAGACUCUCCAAAGAAGGUGUCCUGCUGACAUCUGCAGGAGAAGUGUUGGCUUCCAAGCAGGCAGAAGAACAAUCUAGCAAUUUAUUUCUGCAUCACUGGCAAACACAUCAGCAAGAGGUCCCAUUACAGCAGCUGCCUGAAUCACUGGCCCACAACAAAAGCAGCUAUUUGCACCCAAAGAGAAUGGAUCUGGGGCAGAAGGAUGUCCUGGUCAAUAGUGAGCUGUGCCAGAUGGAAACAGACAGGCAAGCCCCAGCCCAGAAUGGUAGAGAAGGGGAGAAACAGGCGGCAGCAGCUGAAGAAAACACCCAGAGAGCUAAUGAUUUUCAGGGUGUCAGAGGUGGUGUAAUCCAGAGUACACGACGGAGACGGCGUGUUUCUCAAGAAGCCAAUUUGCUAACUUUGGCCCAAAAAGCUGUUGAGCUGGCUUCUCUUCAGAAUGUAAAGGAACUGGAUAAUUCAGAAGAGAAGAGUAGUGUGCUGAUAGCAGCUCCAGGACCUACAGCUGCAAAAAGUGUUGUGGAAUUUGCCAGUUCUUCAUCAGCUCCAAAAAGAGCCCGGGAGGAUAACAGCCUUGUGCCUCUUAUCAUUCCUGUGUCUGUGCCAGUGAGAAAAAUUGACUUGCAGAGCCUUGGAAAGGAAAAGUCUGAGGAUGGAAAGGUCCAGAGAGGCCAAACAAACGAUCGAGCUCCUUGUGAACGCAAGCCUUCUGUGAUAGUCACUCGGAGGCGAUCUAACCGUAAUACUAACAUGGAAACCUCAAAUCAGCAUGAAGAUGCUGUUCCAAAGGAUGAAGCAGAGGGCUUUGCCCGGAAACCAAAGCAGCGGCCAAGACCUGAGCCACUCUUCAUACCACCAAAAGCUGGCACCUUUAUUGCACCACCUGUUUAUUCUAACAUUACUCCAUAUCAGAGCCACUUACGGUCACCUGUUCGUCUGGCAGAUCAUCCUUCAGAUAGGAACUUUGAGCUACCUCCUUACACUCCUCCGCCAAUUCUUAGUCCAGUGAGAGAAGGAUCUGGGCUAUAUUUUAAUGCUAUCCUCUCUUCAAGCGGUCAUUCGGUUCCACCUCCAAUGACUCCUAAAAGUGCUCACAGAACUCUGCUUAGAUCAAAUAGUUCAGAAUUUACCCCCCCUGUUCUUACAGUAGUGGGAGAAGCCACCCCGGUCAGCAUUGAACCGCGAAUAAAUGUAGGAACUCGCUUUCAAGCAGAAAUCCCAUCACUCCAGGAUAGAUCUCUGGCUGCAGUUGAUGAACAUAAAGCAGAGCUGGUGUGGCAGCCGUGGGGUGACCUGGAAACCAACAAAGUCACCCAGGAGAAUGUGGAAAACCUGCUAGCUGCUGCCUGUUCAAGCAUUUUUCCUGGGGCUGGAACCAACCAGGAGCUGGCGCUGCAUUUCUUACAUGAAGCAAAGGGAAACAUUCUGGGAGCUUUGACCAAACUGCUAUUGAAGAGGCCAGUACGAUCACCUACCCACCCUUUGGCAGAUUAUCACUACACAGGAUCAGACAAGUGGAAAGUUGCUGAAAAGAAACUUUUCAACAAAGGCAUUGCCAUCUACAAGAAAGACUUUUUCUUGGUCCAAAAACUUAUAAAAACCAAAACAGUGGCUCAGUGUGUGGAAUUCUACUACACAUACAAGAAACAGGUGAAAAUUGGUCGGAAUGGGACCUUAAUCUUUGGGGACAUUGAUGUUGCUAAUGAGAAGUCUAUGAAAGAUGAAGCUGAAGUUGACAUCAAGAGUUCCCAUAGGUUUGCACGUGUUCUUCCUCUCAGAAGGGACAUUUACAGUGAAGAACAGGGGCAUGAGGAGGAGGAAGAGGAGGAAGAAGAGGAGGCAGAGGAAGGAUUGGAUAACAGAAAGAAGAGCGCAGUUCCUCUCAAAGAUGAACAGACACUACAAGAUGGUGCAAUAGCCAAUGAUGCCAAUAUGAGGAGUCAAGAAGCAACUGUCACAGGCCGAAUUGGAAGGAAGCCGAGGGAGACAACAGUGAAGCCUCGAAAGCCUAUUACUGCUCCAGUGCAGAGGAGGCGGCGGAAACAAAAGAUAAAAUUAGAUGCUACCAGUAAAACUCAGAACACAGAAAACACAUUUCCAUGUAAAAAAUGUGGCAGGGUGUUCUACAAGGUGAAGAGCCGCAGUGCUCACAUGAAAAGCCACGCGGAGCAGGAAAAGAAGGCGGCUGCACUGAAGCAGCAAGAGAGAGAGGCGGCAGCAGCAGUGGCUUCGGCAGCAGCCCACAGCCAGGCCCGGCAGGAAGAGAGCAGUGAGAGUGGGAGCAGCAGCAGUGGAAGCAGCAGUGUGAGCUCGGAUGAAGAUGGAGAAAUAUAGCAG